GGGGAAGAGUAAAUAGCCGUGCUCGCGUAUGCGCGGUCGUCGACGGAGCACGUUUUGCCUAUCGACGCAGGGUGCCGUUGAAAGGAUCCCCAAGAUACCUUAAAUUUUAACGGAAUACGUACUUCCCUGAGGCCCGGCGACUGCGCAUGCGCGAACGAAAAUAUACCGUUCUUUUAUCAUUGGAUCUCUCAAUUCGGGGCGUGCGAGUCGUGUUGUUAUGGUUGAUUAUGGCACUAUGAGAGUGAUCGUUGCCUACCGUUGCGGCUCGUCGCAACGGUUAAUCAACAAUCGUUUGAAGGAGUAUUUCGAUCAUGGAAUCAGGACCGCGAGACGUUAAUGUUUACGAGCUUGUGACGGAACUAGUCAGGCACACGUUGCGACGGAACUGUCCUGAGAAUGGAAACUUCUACAUGCCUCCCAGGGACGAUGUGAAAAUAGUGAAGAGGCUCCGCUCAAAGGCCUUUGAGAUAUUGUUGGAUAAAAGUAACAGAGUAUACGAUGAAGGAAACAGAGCGAAUCUUAAGGCUGACCCCUUAGUGCAGGCACUAAAGCACGCUUUUGUACUCAAACUGUCCCUGAGACGUAUAUCGGAAGCUGAAGAAUUGGAGAAUUUAAUAAACGACUUGUUCAGUCAGGAGACCAAUGUGGAGACUGUGGUUGACCCUGUUCUACAGUUGCUAAUACAGCUUAAAAAUUUUCAGAUUGCCACACAGCCUACCCUGGAUAUAUUUCACUAUGGCAAAACCAAUCCUCUCCUGCCUGAAGAUGUCACAUGCACAAAUGGUGUACCCAUGUUUCAGACGUAUCCUAUGGAGUCUUUUGUCUUACCAGAGAAAUUUGAAGCUGUGUUGGGUAUUUGCGAAACAUAUCCUAAGCAAGACACAUCCGCUAGUUUUGUUAGUAGAGUAUCCUUUGAAGAUCAGCAUAUAUCUAAAGCCAUAGUCGGGAUAGAAACAAUUAGGUAUAACAAUGCCAUUGCAAUGGCUCCUUGUAUAUCAAAUUGCAGCGACAAUAUACUGAAACAGUACAAUAUGGUCACUCCUUUUUUGACGCAUCUUAUGCAGGUCGACAUAGAAGAAACUAGUAAACAAUAUUUGUCCACUCAAAAAUUCAUAUCAGACAUGACCUUGCCUUACGAGUGGGUAAAGCCUGUGGAAAAUCAAAAAGAAAAUGUAGACCUGUGUGCGUGGUCACUGGAUGAUUCCGAUUGUAAUCUUACAAACAAAGCGGAAAACAUUAGAGAUAAUAAUUCAAUAUGGGAAGAGAUACAGCCCUCUGACGACUGCAUCUCCAAAUUACGCACAUGGGAAUCCCUCGGAAUCGUGGAAUCUCCCAAGCAAAUGCCAUUUGUUACUGAUCUGCCAGAGACAAUGCUGCACCUGGCGAGGAUAAGACAAACAAGUAUUUUAUUACUGCUGCCAAAGAAGACAAUGGCUUCCGUACCGCUGAUUCGAGAGGUCCCUCUGAAAAAAUUCUUAUCCGACGUCAAGCUGCUGCUGGUUGGCGUGGACUCGGACUCCUUCGUGUACGAUAACGUGACGGAAUUUAAAUUGGAGGAGAACAUUACCGUGCCCGGUAUAAGUCCGGGGUCGCUGACGAUCGCCUGUCGAGAGGCAGUCGGCUGGGGCAACAGUAUCAAGUCCUUGUCGAGACUCGUCGCAUCCGACCCGCAAACGGGCAGACUGCAGCAGGACGGUCUCAUAUUCAAGGCGAUGUGCACCAACGUUAAAGAGCUGCUGCUGUACUAUCAAGCGGCACUACAAAAUACCUUCAAUCAGUACGCGUUUCACGGGCUGUUGAGUCUGCUGAAGAAAGUCCGGCCGCUGACGCGCCUGAUCGUGGAGGUUGCGAGACUCUGCGGCUGUAAGCAGCACGGCCAGUGUACCUUGGCCGCCGGCAGCGGGAUCUUGACGCACAUCUACAAGGAAGUGACCAAAGUCACCGACCCGAACGUCGUGCUGGUGUUUUAUUCGAUAUUGAAAUCAUGCUGCGAGGUGUACUUUCGGUUUCUGCAAAAUUGGCUGUUUGAAGGGACAUGCGACGAUGUCUACGGGGAGUUUAUGAUCCAGGUGCGAUCUCAGUACCUGCGAAAGAGAGGACGCAAAUUCUGGACGGAGGGCUUCGCAAUUGAUGUCGACUCGGUACCCGGCUUCCUGUCCGACCUGUCGGAAUCGAUCCUGCAGUGCGGAAAGACGUUGCGACUUUUGAAGAUUUGCAGUCCGAAGAAUCCAGUUUGCAACCUGUCCAUCACUGCUCAACCGGAAGUGCGGGUUUGCCUAACCGAGUUGAUGCUGCAAGAGCAGCUGUCGAGCUGUCAGGAAUACGAACGCAAAGGCGAGGCUGCGUUGGGGUUGAUAGUGUCGCUUCUGUCUGCCAUUCAGGACCAGAAGAAAGCCGAGAGGAAAACAGCCGAACUCGUGAUACGCGCGCAGCAGGAGACAUUAUCGAGGAUCAAUAAACAACGCGAGGAACUUGUCGUGAAGACUGCACAAAAUAAGCGGGCGUUGCUGCAAGCGUUGAAGAAUCAGGUGGAGGAAAAUGCCUUAUUCAAGGAAAAGGAGAAGGAACUCCAAAUGUUAGCCGACAAAUUGUUGCUCGAGAAGAUUAAUCGGGAGCAGGAAGAAAUGCGGGAGCUACAGAGGGCCGAACGGGAGCACCUUGUGAGUUACUACGAAAAGUUAGCUAGCGAUUUAGAAAUGAGCCGCCUCCGAUCUAAUUGGCGUAAGGCGAGAAUGAACAAUUUUGAGAGACGAGUAGAACUGCUGGAAUCCCUGAAGAGGCGCGACAGGACGAUGUCGGAGAGUGUCGGCACACCGAGUUCGGACGACAACGUCGACCUCAUCGACACUGACGAGCCGAGCAAAGAGACUCCCGUCUCGUCAACGAUGGAGGUGUCCAUGGAGAUGUCCGAAGGGGAAUUCGCAGCUGACGAGGACGAGAACAGCAACUUUGCGGACAGCAGGGCGACAGACGCCACGACGGACAUUCUUAACCCCGCGAGCCCGGCGAGCAUUGCAUCGCCCAGCGAAGUGAUCGUCUCCACGGAUACCGGCGCGUCGCCUGCGGACAAUCCUACUUCCAAGCAGAAGGACGUCACGUCGAAUGAAGAAAGCACGGUGACAGACACGCAGAACGUGCGCCUGCCGCGGGAGUCUCCGCCGCUGAACUACAAGAUCUACAAGAAGAACAACGAGAGGAGCAACCUGCAGGACUUCCUGCGCGAUGAGGCGAUGAAGGACAUCCGUAUCAUCAUGAACGAGCGGACGCCGAACACGGCGGUGUUGGACGCUCGGCUGAACAAUAUCCUGGACGUUGCCGGGCUGACCGGGAAGAUCAUCGGCACCAUCGACAGGCCUAAAUCCUUGGCCAUCGACAAGAUAGACAACAUGACCGCCGCGCAGGCUAACAAACUCAAGGUCUUGCUGCAGGAGUACGGCAUGACGCCGAACAACAACGAGUUCAGCACGAUACUCGCGGUUCAAACAGAACGCACAAACAUCAACGACAACUCAGAUGGACGAGUGGGCGGCGGCGGCGCGGCGGAGAAUGUCAACAACAACGUCCCGCCGAUAUCGCUCGACGUCAAGCUCCCGGAGAGAAGCGCGAACGGGUUCAUGAGGAACUACGAGUGCUCGCAGGGGAGCAACGCGAACGACAGGGCGCGAGAGCUGGUCUUCAGGAAUGUUCUGCCGCAGCAGAACGUCGCGGACACACCGAUGUCGUGCACGACCGACCACUUCACCACGCAGUCGACUCACACGCCCUUGUCGCAGGUGCCGAUCACCGACGACCUGACCUCGCCGAACGCCGGCCCCGAGACCUCGUGCUUGUCUUCCAACAUGGAGAGGUCCGUCGCCGAGGAGACAUGCCUGGACUUCUCGAUCGAUGACUACAAGCCGCAGCGGCUGAACUUCGGCUUGAGCUCUGUGUUCAGGUCGCAAGGGAGCUGCCUCUCGCCCUUGACCGCGGACGACGUCGAGAUGAUCGACCACGUCUCCCUCCACAGCUACCUGGAGAAGUCUAUCAUCAUCCCGCUGCAGAUACAGAGUCGGCUAGUCAACAACGCCGUCAUCAAGUACCUAUUAGACGAGCACAAUAUGUUGCUGCACCUGCACAGCCUGCGCAGCUACUUCUUCCUGCUGAACGGCGAGUUCGCCAAGAGUUUGACGGACUCGUUGUAUGCCCGCCUCUACGCGAUAGCCGCGCCGAACGAGCUCUUCAACUCCGCCACCCUGACGAAUCUCCUGGAGCAGGCACUGAUGAACUCGUUCAGCAAUAAUUACGUCAACUCUGAGCUCUUGAGCCUGUCUGCCGUCAACAAGCCGCGCCAGUUGUAUAUAUCAGACCCGAAUGUCCUAGAGUGUCUCUGUCUCAACUACAAGAUAUCAUGGCCGCUGAAUAUUAUUUUCGACGACACGGUGAUGCUGCAGUACAGCAAAGUGUUCAAGUUCCUGAUAAUGACUGGCAGAAUGUCGUGGGUGCUGAAAGAGGACUUCAAUAUCAUGAAAGUGGACCGUAACGUGGUGGUGUCGGAGCAGUAUCACAAACUUCAGUUGUACAGACAUUCCAUGACCCAGUUCAUGAACGCGCUUCACAACUACCUGACAUGUAGCGUGCUGCACGCGAGUUGGAGCGAGUUCGAGAAGGACCUGCAGAACUCGCGGACGAUCGACGAGAUUCACCUGUCACAUAUGAACUACAUCAAGAGGAUACUCUCGAGGUGUAUGCUGAACACGCGCGGGGAGAAGAUGCGCGUGUGCUUGAUCAACAUCUUCAAGAUCAUACUAAAGUUCCACAACCGACUGCGCUCGCAGAUCUGGACGGUCGGGAGCACAGGCCGGUGCAGCCACCCGAACUUCAAGAGCCUGGAGCAGAUGUACCAGUCGUUCUGCGAGUGGCGGACCUAUAUGGCACACGUAGCGCACAAACUGGCUAUUAGCGGCUAUCAGCCGCACCUGACCCACUUCCUCAAUGCUUUAAAUAUGAAUCACAUGUACGACCUGACGACGAAGCAGCAGCGAUCUUGCGACUGAAUACUCUCGCGAUUCCUCUUCGCGGUCGAGACACGUUGGGCGCGGAAGGCAGUGUAGGCGUUGUUGUUGGUUGUACGUCUUAUUCCCAAGUUGGAGAGAUUAUUCAACUCUCGACUUUUUUUUUUUUUUUACGUUGGUUUAUUUAGCAAAAUGAACAUCAGUCGUGUUAAGAAAUAGCGAACGUUAUGCUUACAAGGAUAUCGAUGACAGAUUCGUCACGUCGAGCACCUUAAUGCAGCGGCUGCACAGCCCGUUCUUGUCUGAUUCGGGGUGCCUCCUGCACCGUUGACAGAGCGUUUUCUCGGUAUUACGUAGCUCGACCUGUGUCUCAGUCACCGUGGACGACUCCGUCAGCGUGAUCGACGACAGCUGUAGAAUCUCGCACAAUUCCGACGUGGAAGAUUCUCGGUCUCUUUGAAGUAUCUGCGAGAAUAAAUGAAUAAAUGUUGAUUUGUUAAUUUUA